AAAGGAAAUCCUUUGGUUGCAAUGUUUUCGCAUCGCAGAUUUUGGUUGUUGGUGAUAUUGCAGGUAUGGGUGCGCCUUCUGAAACAAGGGAAUGGUAAGAACCACCAGCAGGUGCCUCAUAAUGAAACUCUUCCUUUCCGUCUCAAAGAAGAUGGGGACAUGGUUGAGUUUCCGUCUAUUCAUGCUCUUCAAGGAGUCAGUCUCUCUGUCUCUGAUAUAAACAAUGAAUCCCAUAUCUUAGAAGUAAAGGAUCCAGAACAAUGUCUUCCCAUGCUCUUUCUCCAAAACCAUCUCUAUAAUUCAUCCAGUAUUUAUCCUCUAGAGUAUGAUACUGACAAUAUGACCGAAAAUAUUACUUUCUUCGAUUGUUCUUCGGCUACUUCGGAAUAUACGCCCAAGUCCUGCCCAAUUCUUGCCCUUGGCUCCCAUGACAGUGUCCUGUCCGGGGACCUACUUUCCUGCGCCAUGAGAAUUCGGUUAGAUUCGCCCAUACCGGCAGAGCAUCUUCAGGGGAACCGGUUACGACUCAAAUGGAUUCAACAAAAAGUUGAUAAGCAUAAAACCAGCAAGAUGCCCAGAAUUGUUUUGCCCGGAACAGGUUCGAUUGUGCUGGUUUUGCUGUUGGUCGUGUGCGUUUACACAUGUCGCUACUUCAAGAAGAAAGGAGAUGAUCAAGCAAGACUUGAAAAGUUUUUGAAGAAUUACGAGGCACUUAAACCUACCAGAUUCUCUUUCGCUGAUAUCAAAAGAAUCACACACAGUUUCAAGGAUAAAUUAGGUGAAGGUUCUCACGGAACAGUCUUUAAAGGUAAGCUAUCUGCUAAAAUUCAAGUUGCUGUCAAAGUACUCAAUAAUUCAGAUAAUGAUGGAAAGGAUUUCAUUAAUGAAAUGGGGACAAUGGGCCAAAUUCAUCACAUCAAUGUUGUUCGUUUGUUGGGAUUUUGUGCUGAUGGUUUUCAUCGAGCUCUUGUUUAUGACUUUUUCCCAAACGGCUCCCUCCAAAAGUUCAUAUUUUCCCAAGAUAACAGAGAAAAUUUCCUCGGGUGGUCGAAGCUGCAACAGAUUGCUCUUGGCAUCGCAAAGGGGAUUGAAUAUCUUCACCAAGGCUGUGAUUAUAGAAUUCUCCAUUUUGAUAUCAAUCCUCACAAUGUGUUGUUAGAUGACAAGUUCACCCCUAAAAUUUCUGAUUUUGGUCUAGCUAAAUUGUGUUCUAAAAAUCAAAGUAUGGUGUCAAUGACAGUAGCAAGAGGAACUUUAGGAUACAUUGCACCUGAAGUCUUUUUUCCAAAUUUUGGCCAUGUGUCAUACAAAUCAGAUAUUUAUAGUUAUGGGAUGCUACUCUUGGAAAUGGUCAGCGGAAGGAAAAAUGUUGAUGCAAACAAAGAAACUUUUCAAGUUCUAUAUCCAGAAUGGAUUCAUAAUUUGAUCAAAGGAGAAAACAUGAUUAUUUCUACAGAAGAUGAAGUUGACAUUAGAAUUGCUAAAAAACUGGCAAUUGUAGGACUUUGGUGCAUUCAGUGGCAUUCAAUAAAUCGUCCAUCCAUGAAAACAGUGGUACAGAUGUUGGAAGGAGAAGUAGAUAAACUAAAGGUGCCUCCAACUCUAGUUGAUUUGACCGCUUCUACCAAUACAAGUACUAUUAUUCCUGCGAGGCAUUUGAAUUUAGAAUCAUGAAUAUGUACGCUGGCUUGCCAAGUAUAUAUGGCUUUUACUUUUAUUGAAUGUACUUUGUAAAAUUUUUGAAUCCUUUUAUUAUCAAUGUGCAUGUAGAACACUCAAUCAUGUAUCCCAAUAGAAAGAGAUCUCAGGACUUUCAAAACAA